AUGGCUACAGUUAGCAACCAAACUUCGCAGGUUUUUACUGUGGAAAAUCGAGGGAUUUUCAAUAUGAAACAUGGAAGAAACAUUAAUGAUGUGCAAACCACCACCUCAGUGCAAAAAUUGAGUGUAGAAAAGAGGGAUUUAUUUGGCAAUACACCGAAUGUUAACAAUAACACCCUUGAUCGAACGCCUGAUGUUGCAGUAUUCCCUCGGGGCUCUCGUCCGAACAUCUUACUACCCCCACAGGUAUUUGAUAUUGAAAUAUUUACUUCUAUAGUUAAUAAAAGGAGCAAAAGUACAUACUAGAAGCAAUGAUUCAAAAAUGAAUCUCAUAAACAUAUUUUUAUUUAGGCAAAGCGAAGAUUGAAUUGGGAAUCAAAAGCCGAGUCAAGUGAUCCGACAUUCAAGCCACCAACAACAAAACGAAAGACACGAACAAAGACUAAAACAUGCGCUUUAAAAGGUACGAUAUAAAAGCUACAGCUCUUGUUUAACUUCUAGAUAGCAUAGAUAUAAAAUGUGUAGUGUAUUUCUUUCAAUAUUAUGUAUAUAUACACGCUGUAGUUUACUGCGUAAUACCUUUGUUGUGUUGUCGUUGCGAUGCUUUCAAAGCUGUCAUCAACUCGUCAUAUAAAAUACUUUGACUAAAAACCCUUCCUGUCUUUUUGAAACCGCGAUUUUAAACUGUUUUAUGUUAAAGCCAAAUCCCUGAUUAUGUUAUGGUAGAGUUCUGGUGAUUGCUUAGUUGAUGUCAAUGUGUAUUUCGUAAUUUUACAAAGCUUCUACAUGAAGCUUUGGUCACUCGGGUGAAACGAAGGACAGCUCGUUGUUUUAUUGACAUAUAUCACAAAUGGCUUGAUAUUUUAAAUUUAUUCACGUUCAAACUGUGUUCAAAGUGAAGUAGACCUUUCAAAGUGAGAUGUUCCUUUAAUUAGAUGAAAGAAUGCUGAGAAAGAUUUUUAUCUUUCACAAUGCUUUUUUUCAUGUAAAUUAUGUUGCUUUAAUAAUUUAAACUGCCAGUUGGUAUAAAUUUAAACUUGGUGAUGUAGCUGUAGUGAGAAAAUGAUGCUAAUACUUGUCAUUAUAUGUAGUAUAGUCACAUUUGUGGAAGGGAUGUUUUCCUGCCAACAUUAGGGCUGCCCAGAUGAUGCAUGCUCUAGGCAUUAAAUAAUUUGGCCUUUCAAUUUCUUUCUAGUGAAAUCACCAAUUGAAAAAACACGCUAUGACACAUCACUUGGCCUUCUGACCAAAAAAUUUGUUGGGCUCAUACGACGUUCAGCAUCGGGCGUGUUGGAUCUUAACGAGGCCGCUGAGCUCUUGGCCGUUCAGAAAAGGCGCAUUUAUGACAUCACAAAUGUACUGGAAGGAAUUGGCCUCAUUCAGAAGAAAUCAAAAAACAAUAUACAAUGGAGGUAUGACAUAAACUGAAGGUUGAAAUAAAUAUGAUGAAUGCCAUAUAUGCCAGAGAAAACAUGCAGGGCAUAUUUAAAAUAAAUUUCCACAUAGCUCCCCUUUUUCAGGAAAAAUUCUUAGUACCAGUUAUUUAUUAAAGCUUGUUAUAAGUAUUUCUAAACAGUUUUUCCAUAACCAAGGGGAUGUCGGAGCGCAUUACUUCAUGUGGACGAUGAUGACAAUCAUGAUGUCACACCAGCUAUCUCACCAACGAUUGUCGACUUGCAUACAGAUGUCGCUGAUCUUGAGGCGAAAGAAAACAGAUUAGAUGAAUUAAUUGCAACAUGUCAACAAGAUUUUGAGAAACUAACUCAACCUCAUAAUAAAUAUCCUUUACAUGACUCUAAUGUACAUGCAUUGUGAACUGUCAUCAGAAUAUAAUGUCUCUUUAUUCUAUGUAAUUUUGCCUGUCAGUUUAUAUUCCUUAACCCCAUCUUACAUUUGCAUAUGUCACAUACAAAGAUAUUCGAAAUGUAAAUGAAUUUAAAGAUCAAACAUUGAUUGCAAUUAACGCUCCACCAAAAACACGACUGGAAGUGCCAGACCCAGCUACAGAGGUAAGAUAUGAUUAAGUAGUCUUGCAUUGUCUUUUCAUUAACUCCUUUUUAUCCAAUCUCCAUCUAGUCGCUCAUAAUGUUUUGACAUAUUUGUGAUGUUAUGAAAAUGGCAUUAUUGCAUUUUAGCUUCUUGUGAUGUAAGUUAGAGUGUGUGGCUCAAUUUGCUAAGCUGUAUGCAUACACGAAAAUAAUUAGGGAGUAAGUUAUUUUCUGUCAUUGUCAUUACAGAGCAUACAAUUGUCAUUAAAAAGCACCGAUGGGCCAAUAGAUGUUUUCUUGUGCCCGGACGAGAAUGAUCAAGCCUCGCCAGUGAAAUCAGAAUCAGGAAGCUCAUCAAGUGACUAUGUGUCAACGAGCGAGGAAGAAAUUGGCCCAGAUAGUGAAAAUGUGGACAUGUUUCCUGUUCAUGGAAUCCAAGAUGUGAAUUUCCAAGAAACAUUGGGUUGUAAUUUUGAAAGAAUUCCUGAAACAGAUGAAGAAACGCUCAUUGCAUUUUCACCAUUUCGCGAGGAGACUGAUGACUAUUUCUACAGUUUGACAGAAGAAGAAGGAUUGAUGGACCUGUAUGACAUGUAUGAUUUAAAACCAUCUUUUCCUCUCGAUAUUUAA